GCCUCCUUCCCUUCCUGUUGCAGCAAACGCAACUUUUGAACUGGGAGCUACGUGGAUCCACGGUUCCAAUGGAAACCCAAUCUAUCAUCUAGCAGAAGAUAAUGGCUUACUUGAAGAGACAACAGAUGAUGAGCGGAGCGUGGGUCGCAUCAGCCUGUACUCCAAGAAUGGGGUCGCCUAUCACCUCACCAGCAGCGGUCAAAGGAUCCCGAAAGAUGUGGUUGAAGAAUUCAGUGAUUUAUACAACGAGGUCUAUAACCUGACUCAGGAGUUUUUCCAGAAUGGUAAACCAGUCAAUGCCGAGAGCAAGAAUAGCGUGGGUAUCUUCACGCGAGAUGUCGUGCGCAAACGCAUCAAGGAUGAUCAAGACGACUCGGAGACGAUCAAGAAGCUGAAGCUCGCCAUGAUCCAACAAUACCUGAAAGUGGAAAGUUGUGAGAGCAGCUCCCAUAGUAUGGAUGAAGUCUCUCUCAGUGAAUUUGGGGAGUGGACCGAAAUCCCUGGGGCACAUCACAUCAUCCCUUGUGGCUUUAUGAAGAUUGUGGAGAUCCUGUCCCGUUCAAUCCCAGAGUCGGUCAUCCAGCUGAACAAGCCAGUCAAAUGUAUCCACUGGAAUCAGUCCAUCAGCAAGGAGAUAGAGCAAGUGGCUGACCACAAUGAAGAUCACGUAGAAGAAAACGCAGGUUACAGCGUUCUUGUGGAGUGUGAAGACUGCGAGUUCAUCUUGGCUGACCAUGUCAUUGUGACAGUGUCUUUGGGGGUCCUGAAGAAGCACCACGAGGACAUGUUCUACCCCCCAUUGCCUGAAGAGAAGGUGCUGGCCAUUCAGAAGCUGGGCAUUAGUACCACAGACAAGAUCUUCCUGGAAUUUGAGGAGCCCUUCUGGAGACCUGAAUGCAACAGCAUUCAGUUCGUCUGGGAAGAUGAAGCGGAGGCCGAGAGCCUCACCUAUCCAGAGGAGCUGUGGUACAAGAAGAUCUGCAGCUUUGAUGUCCUCUACCCGCCUGAGCGUUACGGCCAUGUGUUGAGUGGCUGGAUUUGUGGGGAGGAGGCCCUCAUCAUGGAGAAAUACGAUGAUGAAACAGUUGCAGAGAUCUGCACUGAGAUGCUUCGCAAAUUUACAGGGAAUCCAGACAUUCCGAAACCUCGGCAGAUCCUUCGAUCCUCUUGGGGCAGCAACCCCUAUUUCCGUGGCUCCUACUCCUACACGCAAGUUGGGUCGAGCGGAGCAGACGUGGAGAAACUUGCGAAACCCUUGCCUUACGCAGAGAGUUCCAAAACAGUGCCUAUGCAGGUGAUGUUUUCGGGCGAGGCCACGCACAGGAAGUACUACUCCACCACCCAUGGUGCUUUGCUUUCUGGCCAGAGAGAGGCGGCUCGUCUGACCGAAAUGUACCAAGAUCUUUUGUCUUGCAAGAAUUAAGAUGCUGGACUUUCAGAAGACCCUUUAACUCUUGAUUCCUUUUACUGUUGUGCAUCUAAGCAAAACUUUUCUUUUUCUUUCUUUUUUUAAAUGCUGAUCAUAGAAACAUUUUUAUCUUUUUAUAUUAAAAAAAAGUCUUAACUAUUUUAACCCAUAGUUGGUGGACUGUAGUUUCUUUUCAUGUACUACUGUAUCGUUAACAGGAAAGGGUGCUCCUACUGCCUGGGCAAAAGUUGAUUCUUUGUGUCAUAUCUUUUCUAACUGUACUUCUGGAGCUAUUUCUCUCCAUUUCCUCCCCUUCUUUCUCUCCCGGUAUUGUAAGUGCCUUCUAUAGUUCAAUAAAUGUUGCAAUGGUCACUC